AUGAGAAAUGUUGAUCUGCAAAUGUCUAUUUCCGCCGUCCUCAGUGAGAGUGCACAAGACAGCACGUCAACCUUCAGACGAUCCGCAACUUCAGCCUAUAGCGACCUCAAGCGUGAAGAGAUCGACAGCCCAGAGGAUCUGCUGCAAAUGAACGGAAAUCGUCGAGUUGCACAAAUAAUUCAUCUUCGACCAGAGGCUUUAGCAGCAUAUAAAGAAUGCCACGCUAACGUUUGGCCCGAGGUGUUACAGCAAAUACAUGAUUGUAACAUGCGCAAUUAUUCCAUCUUCUUUGAUCAAGACCAUACACUUUUCGCCGUGUUCACAUACGUUGGUGAAAACUUUGAGUUGGAUCAGGCUAAGAUGAAAGCGAACUUGAAGGUGAGAGAGUGGUGGCAAAUGACAGACGCAAUGCAGACAAGUUUGAUUCCCGGUGCUACUGGCAGUGUGGAUGGGCCAGGCUGGUGGAAAGACCUUGAGGAGGUUUUUCACGUCGAUUGA